AUGGAGCCCGUUGGCCUUGCGGUCGGGGUCGUAGGACUAUUCGGGCUCUUCAAUACUUGCCUAGACGUGGCUAAGAAGCAUGAUGCAUGGAAGGACUUUGGGAGUGAGUCGCGUUGUUUGACCGCUCAAUUUGAGGCGCAGAAGCUUCGCCUACAAAACUGGGGCGAAGCAGUGGGAGUCGAACAGGAAAGCGUAUCGAGUAAGCACCACGAGCUUCUCGGCGAUCCACGAACACGAUCAAAUAUUCAAAACCUGCUUUUAGCCAUCAAGGAUAUCUGUGGGCAUGAGCAAGCUCUUUCCUUGACUACUAUAUCAAGAGUAGAGACUGGCUCAUCUGAGGGCCCAAUUCUCACGAAGCACGGUUAUUCGCUCAGCUCACGUGGGUCAAAAAGACAAAGACUCAACUGGGCCCUAAGGGGCAAGGAAAGACGCAUCGCACAGGUUGCGCAGUUUUCAUCGCUGGUGGACGACCUCCAUAGCUUGGUCCCUGUCAAUGGUGAGAGGGGCCAAGGAUCGAGAGACACUAGGGGUAAGAAACAUACUUGA